ACAUCAAAGUUUCAAACAAACUGACUCUCUCUCUCUCUCUCUCUCUCACACACACACACACACACACACACACACCCUUACAGCAUAUACAUCUAUCUCCCUGUGUGUACAAUAUGGCUCGGAAGAACGAAGGAUCUAGUAGUAGUAAAAAUGUCUUUAACAAAGGGGCGUGGACAGCUGAGGAAGAUCAAAAACUAGCUCAGUAUGUAGAAAUCCAUGGUGCAGAGAAGUGGAAAACAGUAGCAAUUAAAUCAGGCUUGAACAGAUGCGGGAAGAGUUGUAGAUUGAGGUGGUUGAAUUAUCUGAGACCAAACAUCAAGAGAGGCAACAUAUCUGAUGCAGAAGAGGACUUGAUACUUAGGCUUCAUAAGCUACUUGGGAACAGGUGGUCAUUGAUUGCUGGGAGACUUCCAGGACGAACUGAUAAUGAAAUCAAGAAUUACUGGAAUUCACAUUUGAGCAAGAAAAUGAAACAUAAAGAAAAAACAGCAGCAACUUCAACGGCACAAGAGACUACGCCUCAAAAAACUGUGGCCAUCCAUGAGGCCGACAAAGAAGGCAUUGAUGGAAGCGGAUACAUGGAUCCUAGCUUCAAUGCAAAUGAAUUCUUUGAUUUCUCGAGUGAAGGCACCUACGGGUUAGAGUGGGUGAAUAAAUUUCUUGAACUCGAUGAGGAUCCAUGGCUUUCUGAUAAAAAAAAUGGAGGUCUGUAGUAAAGUUUCUGCCGUUGAAUUUUUUUUAGUUGGUGCAGAAUUUUAAGAGAAUGCUUGUGGAUA